CCCCCAAACCCUAAAACACAGUGCUUUCCCCCUAAUAAUUCAUCCAAAUUCAUCGGAAAAUGCUAUUGAAUCGCCGUGUAUUCCGAUUCCUGACCGGAAUUUCAUGUCGAUUUUACCAUUCGGACAAGAGGAAAAAGGUGACACUUUACUCAAAAAUCAGUCCACUGGGAGACCCUAACUAUAGCGUAACAAAUGAACUGGACGAAUGGGUUUGCAAGGGCAAAAAGGUCCGAUUUGCAGAGCUUCAACGCAUUAUUCUUGAUCUUCGUAAACGCAAACGCUUUAAUCAGGCCCUCGAGGCUUCGGAGUGGAUGAAGAGUUCUGGUAUUUUCACUUUUUCAUCAACCGAGCAUGCAGUACAGCUGGAUCUGAUUGGUAAGGUGCACGGGUUUCAUGCUGCAGAAAGCUACUUUAAUAACUUGAAUGAAGAAGAUAAGAAUGAUAAGACAUAUGGUGCUCUUCUUCAUUGUUAUGUUCGGCAAGGUGACAUUAAAAAGGCAUUGACACAUUUGAAGAUGAUGCAGGAGAAGGGUCUUUCUCUAUCUUCUGUGGCCUUCAAUGAUAUAAUGUCAUUGUACACAAGAACCGGUGAGUAUGAAAAGAUACCUGACGUGCUACGCCAUAUGAAGGAAAUUGGGGUUCGUCCUGACAAUUUAAGUUACAGAAUCUGUAUCAAUUCGUAUGGAGCAAGAUCAGAUAUUGAGGGGAUGGAGAGGGUCUUAAAUGAAAUGGAGAACCAAUCAUACAUUGUCAUGGACUGGAACACCUAUGCUGCUGUUGCGAACAUAUAUGUUAAAUCAGGCCUAAACGAUAAAGCAAACAGUUUCCUCAAGAAAGCAGAAGAGAAGAUAGAUAAUAAAGAAGGGCUCGGGUAUAAUUACCUCAUCUCUGUAUAUUCUAGACUGGGAAACAGAGAUGAAGUCAUCAGAUUAUGGUUUCUAGAGAAGAGUGCUCUGAAGAGGUGCAUAAAUAGGGAUUACAUAAAUAUGUUAGAAGCUCUGGUGAGACUUGAUGCGCUUGAAGAAGCGGAGCAGUUGCUCAAGGAGUGGGAAACAUCCGAUAACUGUUAUGAUAUCCGUGUGCCAUACAUAGUCAUUAUAGGGUAUAUCGAUAAAAAGCUUUAUGAAAAGGCCGAGACCAUGCUUGAAGAUUUAUCUACAAAAGGGAAGACACUAACACCAAAUAUUUGGGGAAGACUGGCAGCAGGCUACCUAGAUAAAGGUAAGUUUGAGAGUGCUGUGAAAUGCAUUAAAGUUGCUCUUUCCUUAAAGAAGGAUAGUAAAGGAUGGAAACCUGAUCCUAAAGUCAUCAUGAAAAUAUUAAGUUUGUUGGGGGAGAAUGGUAGUGUGGAUGAUGCUGAAUCAUUUUUGAGUUCGCUGAGGCCCGUCGUCUCUGUAAAUAGAGAGAUGUAUCAUGUCUUACUAAAAUCAUAUAUAGCAGGUGGUAAAGAAGUUGAAAGACUUCUAAACAGUAUGAGAGCUGAUAACAUUGAUGAAAAUGAAGAAACAAAAGUGAUACUUGAAGAAUAUAAACCAAUAAGCUCCUAACAGAGAGAUGUACUGUAUGAAAUUAUUUCAAAUGCUAAUUUUGAAAAUAAUUCUUUGUUGGACAUGAGUGUUUGUGUUUGAAAAACACAUUCACGUGUCCAGGCUUGUCACAUUCUUAACAGUUUAUGCUGGCCCUUUGUUGUUCCUCCUUGCAUUGUUCCUUUCAGAGUUUUUAUCGAACUGGGAUUUCUUCAUUUGUUUUCUUCUUCUCAUAAUGUUGUAUAUUCCCUUUGAAAUCAUUGCCAAGUCUUCCUUAUCUU